ACCAGGGAGAGGCGUGGCCAAGGCCGGGGCCUGACUAAACCUGAAGACUUCGGGUGGCCGAGGGGCUUCAUCACAGCUGAGGAGCGAGGAGCUGCUGGCAGCCGCGGAUCUCGUCGCCGCUCAGGGUUUUUAGAACUUCAGUUAUAAAAAUGGGCAGAAUUUUCCUUGAUCAUAUUGGUGGUACCCGUCUGUUUUCUUGUGCAAACUGUGAUACGAUCCUGACCAACCGAUCAGAACUCAUCUCCACUCGGUUCACAGGCGCCACUGGCAGAGCAUUUCUUUUUAAUAAGGUAGUUAACCUGCAAUACAGUGAAGUUCAAGAUCGGGUCAUGCUUACUGGCCGCCACAUGGUUCGAGAUGUGAGCUGCAAAAACUGCAAUAGCAAACUGGGAUGGAUCUAUGAGUUUGCCACUGAAGACAGCCAGCGUUAUAAGGAAGGCCGUGUGAUCCUGGAACGUGCUCUAGUUCGAGAGAGUGAGGGCUUUGAGGAGCAUGUACCAUCUGAUAACUCUUGAAGAAGAAGAGAGAAAUCCAUCUUUUCCCAGGUCUCCUUCACUGAAAACAAAAAUCUCCUUACAUACACUGUCACCUUAGCAUCAGAGUCGGAUUCAUGAACCGCGGAACAAGAGGUUGUGAGAAUCUGAGAUGGGACCUUUCUUUCUUUCUUUUUUUUAAAUUUUGUAUUUUUCAUCCAACAGCAGUGUGUAGAGAGAAUAUUAUGCAGAUGCCGUUAAUUUUUUUUUUCCUUAUGUUUACAUCUUGAGGCAGAAGAGUCUAUCUGCAGCUACGUGAUGGGCUAUGUGAGGAAAAAAAUCUGGGCUAUUAGAGUGAAAAAGUGUGUCUUAUGUAAAUUUUGAAGGGAAAAUAUGUCAAGAGCAUGGUUUUUAAACUUAUUUGGGCUUCAUUUUAAAACUUUUUUUUAAAACCCAGUUAUUUCACUUGAUUUGCUAGCUUCAGAGAAGAGAUCCGAAUCUGUGCCCAGCGCUAAAGGCUCAGUGUUAGCAUGGCUUGUGCUGGCCGGUGUGCCAUAUUCUUGUUGGAGAUGAACCGUAGCACCAGAGCCCAUUCUUCCUUGUCAGUCUUGACCCAAAGAUGUCACCAUUCCUAGUUAUUUGUCACCGCAUAAUUGGUGUUGAUUGGAAACUUUCUGAAAUGGGGCAGAACUGCUUGGUUGUCUUUUUCCAUGUAACUUAAGCAUAGUAAUAUAAAUAAAGUAAUAGUUGGAUGUCUUUGGUCCUGUGUUGCUUUUAAAAAACACCUUAUAAAAGGGCAGAGUAUUUGAUAAGUAAUUUUCCUAGUAGUUAAGUGUUUCUUUUCAUCUCUUGAACUAAAUUGACUAUGUAUAAGAUGUUAUUCUUUAUUUAAGUGAAAGCAUACUGUUUAAACCCACAGUAUUGCAUUUAGAAAACAGUUGAACAGAAUGUCAGUGUGCAUUCAUGCAGAAGGUAUUUAAUCUGCAUCUGUUUUAAAAGGAGGAGGAAAUGAAGCAGCUUAUCUAAAAAUACUGCUUUACUAAGCAUUUCAGCCUUUCCCCCUCAGUUUUGCAUUGAUUUUGACAAGUCUGUAGAGCUUAAUAGUUUCAUCAAAGGACUAGAUCCCUCAUUGGCAUUAUUUUGUUCAGAUCUUCCCUCAGAAGUUCAGCUAUUGAAAUCGAACCUGUACUCGGUACCCUCAAGUGAAAAGGGAUCAAAUUUGACUCAGGGUGUUAUUUUAGCCCAAAAUUUAUGACAAUAUGAAGUAUUAAAAUGUAAAUGUUUCUUUAUUCAGACUACUUCUAGGUAUUCUAGUACUUGCUUCUAGUGGAAUAAAUGACAGUAAAAUUGGCUAGUUAUUUAAAUGGAUGGAUGUUUGUAUGCUUGAUAUCUAGGUCUUUGUCUAGAAAGGAAAUUUGCCUCACUGAAUUAGUGAAAUCUUUCUGUUGUUGAUGUUAGAAGUGACUUCUGAGUACAGUUAAGAUUAAGUUCCUCAUAGUUGCCUUUGAGCUCUGGUUAGAGGCACAGGUAUCUGAUUUAAGUAGGUGUAAUAUUGCAUUUGAAAUAAGUGGACACAAAUUCUUCUCUAUCCUCCCUUCUCUAUGGACUAUCUUCAAGCAUUAAGAAACAGCAUUCAUUCCCAUUCAUUUCCAUACUGCCCUUUGAUUAUAUGCAGUUUCCUAGUAGCAUGCCUUACCUAUAGCACUAUGUGCAUUUGCUGUCACAAUAAAGUAUAUU